GCCAGACGGGGCGGGCCCUUAGGUCAGAAGGGGAGGACUCGGGCUGGAGGCGGUGUGGGCCUGCAGGGACUGGCAGAUGACAAAGGGGGUCGCCAGGGACGGGCUGCAGACCGAGGGAGGUGGGCCGGGGACAGCAGAGGACCUCGGGAAUGGCGCGGAGACUGCGCGGGACAGCAGAGACCGGCGAGGGACUGCGGGGGACCCUCGGGAUGGGCCGGGGACGCCGGGAGACCGGCAGAGGACCGCAGUGGACCCCGGGGACGGGCCGAUGACAGAGAGGGACGUCGGGGGCGGGCCGCGGACCCUUCGCACCUACACGCGGCGCUGGGUCUUCCUGCUGGCCGUCAGCCUGCUGAGCUGCUCCAAUGCCAUGCUAUGGCUCAGCUUUGCACCUGUGGCAGAUGCCAUCGUCCAGCACUUCCUCCUGUCCAUGGAGCAGGUCAACUGGCUGUCACUCAUCUACUUUGUGGUGGCCAUCCCCGGCGGCAUUGCAGCCAUCUGGGUCCUGGACUUUGUGGGGCUCCGGGCAGCGACCAUCCUGGGCUCAUGGCUGAACUUUGUGGGGAGUGUGCUGCGCUCCCUGCCCUGCGUGGCUGUUGGAAUCCCCAGCCCAUUUGCCUUCUUCAUGGCUGGCCAGAGCCUCUGUGCCCUGGCCCAGACCCUGGUCAUCUUCUCUCCAGCAAAACUGGCUGCCUUGUGGUUCCCAGAGCACCAGAGAGCCACAGCCAACAUGCUUGCCACCAUGUCGAAUCCCCUGGGCGUCCUCGUGGCUAACCUGCUGUCACCUGCCCUGGUGAAGAAGGGAGAGGACAUCCCCUUGAUGCUUGGCGUCUACAUCAUCCCCGCCGGCCUUGCCUGCCUGCUCUCCACCACCUGCAUCUGGGAGAACAUGCCUCCCACCCCGCCCUCCACAGGGGCGGCCAGCUCCACCUCAGAGAAGUUUGGCCCUGGGCUCUGGCUGCUCCUGCAGAACAAGGCCUACAUCAUCCUGGCCGUGUGCUUUGGGGGUGGCAUCGGGGUCUUCUCCAGCUUCUCAGCCCUCCUGGAGCAGAUCCUCUGUGCCAGUGGCUACUCCAACGAGUUUUCAGGCCUCUGUGGGGCUCUCUUCAUUGUGUUCGGGAUCCUGGGGGCGCUGAUUCUUGGCCUGUACGUGGAUCGGACCAAGCACUUCACCGAGGCCACCAAGAUAGGACUCUGCUUGGCCUCUUUGGCCUGCGUGGCCUUCUCCUUGGUGGCCCAGCUGCAGGGACAGGCCAUUGCGCUAGCUGCCGUCUGCUCCCUACUUGGGCUCUUUGGCUUUGCAGUGGCACCUGUAGCCAUGGAGCUGGCAGUUGAGUGCUCCUUCCCAGUGGGUGAGGGAGCUGCCACGGGCCUGGUCUUCGUGCUGGGGCAGGCUGAGGGCGUGCUUAUCAUGGUGCUGCUGACAGUGCUGACCGUGCCACGCACAGGGCCGUCCUUCUCCACCUGCCAGCAUGGCAAGGACUCCCUGGACUGGACAGCAGGAGGCGAAACCACUGAGCUAAAUCCGCAGCCCCGGCCUAGUUUUAGAGUGUCCCUGCUGCUGAUGGCUGGCCUGUGCACCCUCUUCACCUGUGUCUUGGUGCUAUUCUUCCACACCCCAUACCGGCGGCUGCAGGCCGAGUCUGAAGGGCUCCCUCCACCCAGGACGCCGAGCCCCACUCCAAAGCCACCCCAAGGCUCACCAGGAAGCCCCUGCCCUGCCAGCUCCUCUCGAAGGCCCCCAGACUCUCAGGGACGGUGACCAGGGACACGUGUGAAGGGAGGAAGGAGACAGCCCUGGCCACUUUGGCGUGCAGCCCGUGACCUGACAGCAGGGACUGGCUCCGGUCCUGGGAUCCACCUGAGGAGCGGGUCUGGUCAGGCCUGGCGGGAGGGAGAGGUAAAGGUCUCCCUGCGCAGCCUAAACACAGAUGCCGGAAGGAGGAAGGA